AUGGCUCUCAUCGUGGCAUCUUUGUUUUUGCCCUACCAACCGCAAUUCGAACUUGACACCUCUCUGCCCGAGAACUCGCAAGUGGAUUCAUCUCUCGUGAACAUCCAGGCCAUGGCAAAUGACCAACAGCAACACCGUACGCUUUCCAACAACAUCUCACAGGAAUCAUUGGUCGCGCCAGCACCAGAGCAAGGAGUGCCACCAGCAAUCUCAAGGAGUGCCACCAGGUCACCUAGUACCUUCAACCGUGCCUCGUCUACGACAAACACCGCUACUCUAGAUGAUCUUGUCUCUUCAGACGUAUUCAUGGAAAACUUGACUGCGAAUGCAACUACUUCACAUACGCCCACGAGUAAGACAAUGCUUAAACCCCGCAACAAAGCUUCCGUGGAACGAUUCUUCUCCCCUUCUUCUAACAUUCCCACGGAUCGCAUUGCAUCGCCAAUCCAGCAUGAGCAUGACUCCGGUUCGAGAAUCGCUUCUCCAAUCCAACAGCAGCAGCAGGACCCCACAGCAAACUUACUAAAGAACGUGAACAAGUCGUUGUUAGUGCACUCACUAUUAAACAACACCUCACAGACUAGCCUCGAAGGAUCCAACAACCACAUUGUCACCCCAAAAUCAAGGGCGGGCAACAGGCCUACCUCGGCGGCUACUUCUCUGGUAAAUAGGACCAAACAAGCUCCGGCCCCUCCUGGAUCUUCUGGGUCUUCUGCGCCACCUUCGAUUAAGAGGAUUACGCCACAUUUGACCGCCUCUGCCGCAAAGCAGCGCCCCUUAUUGGCCAAACAACCUUCCAACUUAAAAUACUCGGAGCUAGCAGAUAUUUCGUCGAGUGAGACGUCUUCCCAGCAUAAUGAAUCCGACCCGGAGGAUCUAAAUACCGCCCCUGAUGAGGAGUAUGUCUCGGACCUGGAAAUGGAUGACGCGAAGCAGGAUUACAAGGUUCCAAAGUUCGGCGGCUAUUCCAAUAAAUCUAAACUUAAGAAGUACGCGCUGUUAAGGUCGUCUCAGGAGCUAUUCAGCCGCCUGCCUUGGUCGAUCGUUCCUUCCAUCAAAGGUAAUGGUGCCAUGAAGAACGCCAUAAACACUGCAGUCUUGGAGAAUAUCAUUCCACACCGUCACGUCAAGUGGGUCGGCACCGUGGGCAUUCCAACUGAUGAGAUCCCAGAUAAUAUCCUUGCAAACAUCUCUGACUCUUUGAAAGACGAGUACGACUCCUACCCUGUCCUUACGGACGACGUCACCUUCAAAGCUGCGUACAAGAACUACUGUAAACAAAUCUUGUGGCCCACUCUACAUUACCAAAUUCCAGACAAUCCGAACUCCAAAGCCUUUGAAGAUCACUCUUGGAAGUUUUAUAGAAACUUAAACCAAAAGUUUGCGGACGCGAUCGUUAAGAUUUAUAAGAAAGGCGACACCAUCUGGAUCCAUGAUUACCAUUUAAUGCUGGUUCCGCAGAUGGUGAGAAAUGUCUUGCCUUUUGCCAAGGUAGGAUUCACCUUACACGUCUCGUUCCCCAGUAGUGAAGUAUUUAGGUGUCUGGCUCAACGUGAGAAGAUCUUGGAAGGUUUGACCGGUGCUGAUUUUGUCGGCUUUCAGACGAGAGAGUAUGCAAGACAUUUCUUGCAGACGUCUAACCGUCUGCUAAUGGCGGACGUGGUGCAUGACGAAGAGCUAAAGUAUAAUGGCAGAGUCGUUUCUGUAAGAUUUACUCCAGUUGGCAUAGACGCCUUUGAUUUGCAAUCGCAACUGAAGGAUGGAAGUGUCACGCAAUGGCGUCAGCUGAUUCGCGAAAGAUGGCAGGGGAAAAAACUAAUUGUGUGUCGUGAUCAAUUCGACAGAAUUAGGGGUAUUCACAAGAAAUUGUUGGCCUAUGAAAAAUUUCUGGUCGAAAAUCCAGAAUAUGUGGAAAAAUCGACUUUAAUUCAAAUCUGUAUUGGAAGCAGUAAAGAUGUAGAACUCGAACGCCAGAUCAUGCUUGUUGUGGAUAGAAUUAACUCCUUAUCCACCAACAUUAGCAUUUCUCAACCUGUUGUGUUCUUGCAUCAAGAUCUGGACUUCUCUCAAUAUCUAGCCCUGAGUUCAGAGGCGGAUCUGUUCGUAGUCAGCUCUUUGAGGGAAGGUAUGAAUUUGACAUGUCACGAAUUUAUCGUUUGUUCUGAGGACAAAAACGCUCCUUUAUUGUUAUCUGAAUUCACUGGUAGUGCAUCCCUAUUGAACGAUGGCGCUAUAAUAAUUAACCCAUGGGAUACCAAGAAUUUCGCACAAUCCAUUCUCAAGGGUUUGGAGAUGCCAUUUGAUAAGAGAAGACCACAAUGGAAGAAGUUAAUGAAGGAUAUUAUCAACAACGACUCUACAAACUGGAUCAAAACUUCCUUGCAAGAUAUUCACAUUUCGUGGCAAUUCAAUCAAGAGGGUUCUAAGAUUUUCAAAUUGAACACGAAAACCUUGUUGGAAGAUUACCAGUCAUCCAGGAAGCGUAUGUUUGUUUUCAACAUUGCUGAACCUCCUACAUCAAGGAUGAUUUCCAUACUGAAUGACAUGACUUCAAAUGGCAAUAUCGUUUACAUCAUGAACUCAUUUCCAAAGCCAAUUUUGGAAAAUCUUUACAGUCGUGUGCAAAACAUUGGGUUGAUUGCCGAAAAUGGUGCCUAUGUCAGUCUAAACAGUGUAUGGUACAAUAUUGUUGAUCAAGUCGAUUGGCGUAACGAUGUGGCCAAGAUCCUCGAGGACAAAGUGGAAAGAUUGCCUGGCUCGUACUACAAGAUAAAUGAAUCUAUGAUCAAGUUCCACACCGAAAAUGCAGAAGACCAAGAUCGUGUAGCUAGCGUCAUUGGUGAUGCCAUUACCCAUAUCAAUACUGUUUUUGAUCACAGGGGUAUUCACGCCUAUGUUUAUAAAAACGUUGUUACCGUACAACAAGUUGGACUUUCCUUAUCUGCAGCACAAUUCCUUUUCAGAUUUUACAAUUCUGCUUCGGAUCCACUGGAUACUAGUUCCGGCCAAAUCACUAAUAUUCAGACACCAUCUCAGCAGAAUCCUUCAGAUCAAGAGCAACAACCUCCAGCUUCCCCCACUGUGUCGAUGAACCAUAUUGAUUUCGCAUGUAUCUCCGGUUCAUCGUCUCCAGUGCUAGAACCAUUGUUCAAGUUGGUUAACGAUGAAGCCAGUGAAGGGCAAGUGAAAGUCGGUCACGCUAUUGUUUAUGGUGAUGCUACUUCUACCUAUGCCAAAGAACAUGUAAAUGGGCUAAACGAACUUUUCACGAUCAUUUCAAGAAUCAUUGAAGGUUAA